AUGGACCUGAACGCCCUUCCAGACGAUGUCGACCCCGCGGAGAGUCCUGACUUUGAAAAUUACCGCAUCGACUAUGACCCUGCAAACGCUGAUCUCAGAGUGCCUGGAAGGGACGUCAACCUGCAAUGGUUUGACGCCAGGCAAGAGAGAGGAGCCUUUGGGUAUGAAGCCGAUGGUAGAGCUUUCAUGAUGCAACGACCAUGGUUCGACGAGGAUUUUGACAAAGAUGAUGAGUGGGGACCAGUCAGACUGCUGGGUUCCGGGACAUAUGGCCUGGUCGGGCUUUGGGAGCGUCGAGACGCCAACAACAUGAUGCUUGACGAAGUGGCAGUCAAACAAGUGAAUUGGACAAAGAGCAAGAGGUCUCGAAUAUCCGACGAAAUUAACGCCGGCCACAACAAACCUCGACUGCUCAGAGAGGCGGUGAUUCAGCGGGAUCUCAACCAAAAAGACGAACGUGCUGCCCCACACUUGCGCCGGUACAAGUACAUAUCAGACACCAGAACCGACAAAAGAGGUCGCAUUCGCAUGUAUCUCGAGUUCUGCCCCCAUGGGUCUCUGGAGCAUCUCCGACGUCUGUACCGUGCCUGGGACCAAUACUUUCCCGAAGUUUUCGUGUGGCACAUAUUCCACAGCCUUGCGGUGGGAUGCGAAGCACUUCGUCAACCCCCUCCGGUUGACACCUUGGGUUUAGAGGAAGAUGCCUUUCAGCAAUUUGUCGCAGACGACGCUGAAGGGCUCUACUGUCUUCAUAUGGACUUGAAACCACAAAACACUCUCCUCGCUAUGGGUCUUGGAGAGGAAGGACUCGACUUUCCCAAUCCCAAAAUCUCCGACUUCGGCAUGUCAGAAUACACUGGUCGCAGUGACUUAAGGAAUCCGGACAAUUUUUGGUGGCGAGGGACCACGGCAUACAAGCCAACGGAGCAACUCUUCUAUGGCGCAGAGUGGAGGAUUCCACCUAACGGCGCUGUUCUCAGGACGCACGAUCGGCGUGGCAAGCGGGUCGACUUCAAGCGUGCCAAACAGGCCCAGCGCGAAGACAACGCGACCCACACUGUCCUGGACGACAUAUGUUUCGACCACUCGUUGAAUGUCUACGGCGUCGGCGCAACAAUGUACUCCGUCGCCACACUCUGUCGGACCUGCAAACUAAUGGACACCCGGGCAAAACACUACGCCAAAUACCGACAGAACGGAAACCACCAGAUCUCCAAAGUACGCACAAAAGUCCCCGGGACAUACAGCAGCCGACUCCGGCGCUUGAUCCACCGAUGUCUCGACCCAGACCCAGCCAACCGACCCAGCCAAGUCGAAUUGAUGGACGAGACCCACAGAGGUCUCCAGCUCGCCAUCCGACGAGUCAAACGAGCACGACGAGACGCCGCCCUCGCCGCCGCUGGAGGUGACCCGAACAACCUACCUCCCGGACCACCGCCGCCCUUGCCGUCCGAGAAAAUCUACUACCAUGACCACGAAAUCAACGACAUGCCGCUCGGCAAUGCGGGGUUCCGCCCCAAGAAAGGCGACUACCGUAAUUUGGUUUUCGACCAGUUCGUCAAUCCGGACAUUCCGCGUCUCAAGCUGCCCCCCGCCAAAUAUAAUACCAAGUUCCCCCCUGCUAUGAAUGAAAUGCAGUUGACUUGGCGGACGCUGUAUCCUGAUGCGAAUGAUGGCAAUUUGUGGUUCAAGCCUGUGAAUUAG